UCCUAAAAAGAAUCAUCAACCCACAACUCUAAAUUCUCUCCGUUACUUGGUUUCUUUCUUUGUUAGUAAAUUUUUUUGGAGACCCAUUUUUAUUUGGGGUUUUUCUGAAAAUCCAUGUCCUUCACUUCCAUUUCUCUCCUUUACCCUAAAAUUAGUCUCUCAUUCCUACAUAAGUCCCCUUUUCUUCCUUUGUCUCUUCAACCCAUUUUCACAGACCCCUCUUUCUCACUCACUCUCUCUCUUUUCCUCACUCUAUCUAUCUCUGCGGAUGCAAAGCAUUUCAUUUGCCGUUUCAUCGAUAGUUUUUUGAGAAAAUCUGGUUUGGGUUUUCUUAUAUUUGAUGAAAUUGGUCUACAGAGAGAAGUGAGAGUGAAAAGAGAGAGCUUGGGGGGAUUUACAGUAAAAAAUAAAUAAGAAAUGGCACCAAGUUUUGAUUGCACAGGUCUUCUUUGUGCUGAAGAUAGUCUUUUAUGUCUUGAUGAAUCUGAUAUUGGGGAUGAUGAUUUUAAUGACGGGUUUAUUGUUUCAAAAGAUGUUAUUACUAAUCAAAACCAUAACUUUUUUAAUGGGGAUGAGGAUUUUUCUCUAGUGGGGUUUCCUUUACUGAGUGAGGAGUGUAUAGUUUUGAUGGUUGAGGGAGAAUCUGAUCAUUUACCUAGAGAUGAUUAUUUGAUUAGAUUAAGAAAUGGCGAUUUAGAUUUAAAGAUUAGACGAGAAGCUAUUGAUUGGAUUGGAAAGGUUCAAGCCCAUUAUAAUUUUGGACCAUUGUGCGCUUAUUUAUCAGUUAAUUACAUGGAUCGGUUCCUUUCAGCUUAUGAACUUCCUAGAGGUAAAGCUUGGAUGAUGCAGUUAUUAGCUGUAGCUUGUCUAUCUCUAGCAGCAAAAGUGGAAGAAACCGAUGUUCCUCUAUGUCUAGAUUUACAGGUUUGUGAAUCAAAAUUUGUAUUUGAAGCUAAAACUAUACAAAGAAUGGAACUUCUCGUUUUAAGCACUUUAAAAUGGAGAAUGCAACCAAUUACGCCAUUCUCUUUAAUUGAUUAUUUCUUAUGGAAGAUUAACCAUGAUCAACGUCCACCUAAAUCAUCGAUCACUCGAUCGAUUGAUCUCAUAUCAAACACAAAUAAAGGGAUUGACUUCUUGGAAUUCAGACCUUCUGAAAUUGCUGCAGCAGUGGCAAUGUCUGUAUUAAGAGAAACCCAAACAGCAUUUGACAUUGAUAAAGCUAUAUCAUGUUUCAUUCAACAUGUAAAAAAGGAAAGAGUUCUCAAGUGUUUUCAAAUGAUCAAAGAUGUAUCGUCAUCAGCAUCAAUACCUUCUUGUAUUAGUGGAAUUGUUAAAGUUGGAAAUAGUUCUUCAUUACCAUCCGCGCCUCGUAGUCCAAUUGGGGUUUUGGAUGCUGCAUGCUUGAGCUAUAAAAGUGAUGAAUUAACAGUUGGGUCAUGUGCAAAUGAAUCACAUUCAACUCAUGCUGCUAAGAGAAGAAAAUUGAACAACAGCAACCCAUAUGAAGUAGUAGAUUUGAAGUCAUGAGAGAAAUGGGGUUUCUUAGAAAGGAAGUCAUGAAAGUAGGAUUUUUUUUUAUACUUGAACCAAAAUCAAUUUAGUUUGGUUUGGUUGAAAUGGAAAUUUUGUGUGUGGUAUUGCCCCCUCCCUAGAAGGCCAAAACAAGAACCAAAUAAACAAAAAAGAGAGAUAGAACCAAGAGGCAGCAUAAACUUUUUGUGGCAGGGUAGCAGUGGGGAAUGGACAAUGCUCUCAUGGAUUUUAGCAUGAAUGGAACAGUGAUCAUUAGCACUAUGAAUUUCGAACAACAACCGUAGAGGAUGGAGAGAAGAAGAGCAGAGAUACUAUGGAAUCUGGGUAGAAGAUUACAGGUUGAUGUUGUCUUCCAUCACUAAAGAACCGAAAACAUACAAUAACAGAAAGAAGAAAGAAAAUGUGAAGGGGGUUUUAUUGUUUCUUUUUAGCUAUUAUUUUUUUUCUUUUGUGAAAAUAUUAGGAGAGUCUUAUAAAAAAAAAUCAGUCCCUGUAAGGGAACAAAAAAAGAUACUACCCUGAUAGGAUAUUUCUUUUACUAUUAAAUUAGUUUUUUUCAAUAUAAUGAAAUUUAAUUUAUGCCG